AUGUCCCUGACAAGACGGUUAGAAGGGGGAGUAGCGGAAUUUCUGGAGGCGGACUGGACGGAGCAGGAGGUCAAGAAAGCUUUUGCAGCUAUGGCGAAAAACAAAUCACCUGGUGGCGACGGGCUUCCGAAAGAGCUUUUUGAGGCUCACUGGGACCUGUUGGGAAGCAGCUUCAUGGCCAUGGUGAAGGACUUUGAAAAGUCGGCCACGCUCCCGGUAGAAAUCAAGGAGGCAGUCACAAUUUUGCUGCACAAAAAAGGAGAACGGGAUCAGCUCAACAAUUACAGGCCAAUUACGCUGUUAAACUUCUCCUACAAUGUGCUGGCACGAGUGAUAGCGGAUCGAAUGAAAGCGGUUCUGCACCAAGUCAUCUCACCCGAACAGUGCGGCUUUUUACCAGGCAAAAGGCUGUCGGAUGCAGUGGCGCUGGUGGCGGACAUGAUCGAUGCAGCGAAAAACGGAAAUGAGGACUGGUUUUUGCUCCUCGUUGAUUUUCAAAAAGCAUUCGACUCCGUGUCCCGGGACUACCUGUUUCAGGCGGUGGAGAGGGAGGAGCUCGGGCUCAGCAGAGAGGGGCAGCGUCUUGGCUACCUUGGUUACGCGGAUGAUACGACGCUGGCGCUGCAGGGAGCAGAACAGAUAAAAAAAGCGGAGAAGUUGUUAGACGAUUUCGAGAAAGUCUCUGGGCUGGCGACGAACAAAAGCAAAUCGGUGAUCUUACCGCUCGGGGCGAAUCUUGGCGCGACAGAUAGCAGCUCUGUCUUCAAGUGGGCCGGUGGCGACGAAGCAGAGAGGCUGCUGGGGGUCUGGGUGUCGCCUUCAGGAAGCGGCCUGCCGACGUGGGAGAAGGCUCUGGAACACAUGUCCGGGAAACUGUUAAAAUGGCAGCUGAAGUAUCUCACCGCAUCAGCCCGAGCGACCGUGGUGAACUGCUACAUCACCCCAAUAGUGGCCUUCCAAGCGCAAGUUUAUCCCCCACCUGUAGAGGUGUGGGUUGAGCUUACGCGGCUGCUACACGGUUUCAUCUCUGGCAACAAAGUGACGACAGCCAGGGGCUUUGUGCUAUGGAGCAAGGAGUUGGUACACACUACUAGAGCAGCCGGCGGUAUUGGAGUGCGGGACCCCAGAAUUGUACUCACCUGCCUGGCCGCACGAAGGUUGGGGCUUUUUCUCACGGAAACCAAUAGUCUUAAGAAGUACAUCAUGACGCAGGCGGCGGACUUACCGAUGGGAACGGAUACCUUCACGGCGCAUGAGAAAUUACUGAAACACUGGACGGGGCGGAGCGUGCGGUGGAGGCAGACGUGCGAGAGCCUGCUGCAGUCCCCGCUAUGUGCACGUCCGACGGCGGUGACUAGGGAGGAGAUCCUGCAGGAGAGGAUAGCUUUCAACACAGCUUUUCUGUUAAACGGGACAACCCCGCUUGGCGGACAAAAAGUGGCGCAAGGGCUCUGGAAGGUGCGGCUAGGCGAUUUGCUAGAGCAGGAUGCAGAUGGCGGUUUAGCUCAGAGAUCUGUGGAGGAGCUAUCUCUGCAGUUCGGAGGGAGCGCUCUCGCAAGGAUGGCGCUGAAGGUGCUGAGUACGAUUCCCGCACCUUGGCUAAAGGUGCUCGGCUUCCCAACAGUGCUUCCCCGCUCGGCUGACUCAACCCCCCAGCUGCCUAUUCUGGAGAACGGGCAGGUCAUUGCCUUGAAGCGGAUGAGGGAGUGCUGGACGGGGUUUAAUAAGGAGUCAUACAAGAGGGAGAAAUGGGCGGCGAGAUGGGGAGAAAGCAUCGAUUGGAAAAGAGCGGUGGACACAAGGGAUUCUCUGGCAGUUCCCAGUCGUCCGAGGGAUGUGCUUCUGAGAAUCCACGGUCUCAAUCUGCAGGUGGGGGAACGCCUGGCUUUUCUCAGCAGCAAACCUAUCUGCCCGUACUGUGGAGGGGAGGAAACUCUGGAGCACUGUCUCGUGCUCUGCCCGCGGAUCCAAAUGGUCACGAGUGCCCUCAAGCGCGCGCUGAGCAUGCUCAACCCCAAUCGCACAAUAACCUCGUUGGGUGACUUGCUGUUCCGGGCAACUGGCACCAAUUCUGCUUUCCCGGAGCUGACGCUAACGACAAUCACGUUUCAUCAGCUAUGGCUCGAGCGGUGUGAUGCUGUUUUUCGGGGCAGCAAGUUUCGGACGCAGCGGGUUCUCAGGAAGAUAGAGUUCGCAUUCCGGCAGCAUGCCAAGCGGUACUCUCGGAAAAAUGGGGUGACGUGGCGGAAGCAGAAUCACCGGUGUGUUUUGGAUGAGCGGGACAUGCUGCAGAGGAUCAAACUGGAUGGCAAGGAGUGGAAGUGGACGAACAGCUUCGCUGCAAUCUGGCUUCAUCGGAGGGCACGACCCAUCAGGCCCUAG